AUGAUUCUAUCUAGACAUUGUAUACCUUUAGCGGCGGCCAUUACUCUGCUUAGUGCUUCUCUUUCGCUUACUGGAGGAUUUGCACUCUUGCUUACCUACAACAAGAUACCAGAAUUCCAAAGCCCGGUCAGAAAAAUUCUGGUUUUCCUUACAGUUGCUGACAUUUUUUCAGCAUUUGGAUAUAUAGUUGGUACUGCUAAUUUUCUCAGACUGGACGACUCCCAGAAGAACUCGACAGAUCCGAUAUGCAAAGCACAGAGUUUUGUCACCACAUUUGCCAGCCUUAGUUCGUUUGCUUGGACAUCCAUCAUUGCAGUUCAUUUAUUUUUGGCUAUACGAAGACAACAAGACUUUGAAAGGAAUCGCCUUCUGAAGAUCGUGUAUUAUAUAUUAGGAUGGGUUGUACCAGCUAUUAUCAGCAUUUGUUUUCUGGUCUUGGACAAGCUUGGGCGAGACGUCCAUGGACGUCUAACGGUCACUGGUCUGUGGUGUUGGGUCAAGGUCGAACACAGCAAUGGAACCCGGACUUCAGGCAUAGUGUCGCUAUUAAUGUCUGGAAAACUAUGGGAACUUAUGACUUAUGUCCUGUCAUUUUCGAUGUAUAUGUUACUGAAGAUAAACACUUACUUUGAGAGACAGAAAAAUAGAAGCUAUUGUUGGAGUGAUGUAGAUGGCGCUAACCUGACAAACGAAGAUGAACGAUUCUGUUUCACGUGGCUCGUUCUGUAUUUACUUCGCUUUUGGGGAACAAUAAGAUUCUUUUUUGCAGUAGCUGAUGUACAAUCCGACGAGAUAAUUUUUGCAGAUACCCUUUUCAUGUAUUUCCAGUGUGCAGGUGACAGUGCUCAAGCAUUGGGAAACUUUAUCUUGUUUUGUCUACUUGACAAAAAUAUCAGAAAAAAGUAUCUUGAAAUGAUUGGUGACUUUUGCAAAACGCGAAAAAAGUAUGAAUUAUUGAAUGCAGAAUCAGACGGUUAUCAGAGCACAUUGUAUACUGAGAGGUAGUGAAGAAAAACGGCUGUUCCGUUUGUUUAUUAAAUUGCCUUUUGUUAGUUCAUGUUGAAAAUUGACUAAAAAGAUAUUAUUAAGAAGUGACAGCUUUUGGAAAUUAAAUUCAUGCAUA